ACACCGAGGACAUAUUGUGCUUCUAAUACAGAGGACUUGGAAGCUGUUAUUCAUCAUGUACACAGCUUGUAUUCCUCAGCUCCAUUUAUGGCAGCAGGUGUUUCUAUGGGAGGCAUGCUUCUUGUCAACUAUUUGGGUAGCAUUGGCACAGAAACACCACUGAAUGCGACAGCAGGAUGGAAUGAUUUUGAUUGUGUAGACUCACUGGAAAAACCUGUGAACUGGCUUCUCUUUAAUUAUUAUUUAACUAGCUGUCUACAGUCUUCAGUGAUUAGACAUCGGGAAAUGUUUGAAAAGCUAUUUAAUAUGAACCUUGUCAUGAAGGCUAAGACCAUCAGGGAAUUUGAUAAACAAUUCACUUCUGUCAUGUUUGGCUAUCCUACAAUUGAUGAUUACUAUUCAGAUGCUAGUCCAUUCCGUAGACUGAAGACAGUUGGAAUUCCAGUGUUGUGCUUAAAUUCGAUGGAUGACGUUUUCUCACCAAAUCAUGCCCUACCAGUGGAAAUGGCGAAACAAAAUCCAAACGUGGCUUUGGUUCUUACUUCCUGUGGAGGCCAUAUUGGUUUUCUGGAAGGAUUGUGGCCAAGAAAAUGCACGUACAUGGACAGAGUCUUCAAGCAGUUUGUUCAAGCUGUGUUUGAGCAUGGAAGCAAAAUCCUUAAUAUGUAGCAACUUAGCAGGACCAUGAUUGCACCACAGUAGCAUUUUAUGAUCAGGGUAUAUAAACUUACUGCACACGAUUCAGCAAAUAAGCCUGCAAAAUGGAUGAAAUCCAUGAUUAUGAGCAAAAAGCAUAGUUUUGCUUAGGUACUUUGCAAUAAUAUUACUUUUGUAUGUUUGCUUUAAUAUGCCUUAUAUAAAUGAUAUUAAAUGAAAAGAGCACUUUGCACACAUGAAAUUGCACUUAACCAAAAAACAUUAAGUAAACAGAUGAUUUCUCAGGUUUGUUUAAAAAAA